AUGAUGACGUUUGACAAUGAGGAAGAGCUCCUCAAGAUCUCCAAAUAUCAUCCCACAUCAAAGCUAUUGUUGCGUAUUGCAGUGGAUGACUCCAAGUCACUGUUAAAACUGAGCACAAAGUUUGGAGCCAAACUCCAGACUGUGGGCGUCCUACUGCUGAGAGCUCAGGAGCUGCACUUGAACAUCAUUGGAGUCAGUUUCCAUGUGGGGUGUCUGUGCACUGACAACACUGCCUAUAAGAAGGCCAUAGCAGACGCCAGACACGUCUUUGACCAAGCUAAUCUGAGUGGAUUUCAGAUGAAAAUUCUGAACAUAGGUGGAGGAUUCUAUGGAGAUGAAGAAUUUCAAAUGGUGUCAAAAGGAAUAAAUGAGGCACUGGAUGAGUUCUUUCCUGCUGACUGUGGAGUGAGAAUCAUCGCCGAACCUGGACGCUACUUUGUGGAGUCUGCUUUUACACUCGCUAUGAAUGUCUUUGCCAAAAGACAAGUUCAGGGUGAUCCAAUGAUCAGCAGCAAAGAUGGGAAUGGCUUAAACAAAUUGAUGAUGUAUUACGUAACAGAUGGGGUUUAUGGUUCAUUUGCGGACAACAGGUUCUACCUUGAGAUAAGACCUUAUGACCUGCGCCCCCACAGGGUAAAGGGGUAUACUGUUUUAUUUUAUAUGAAAUGUUUGUCAUUAAAGUGCAACUAAAUAUUUUUCAAAUCUUCCUACAGCCAGUGGACAGCAGUGAGCCCCUGUACCAGUCUAUUAU